CCCAAGAAAGUUGCCUAACAACCUUUUGAGAGGGAGGGCAGCCACCCGCGCUGCAUCAUGAUAUCUCUUUUUCUUCUACCAUAGUUGACCUUAAUUUUCAAAGAAGAUUCAACGCUUCAACCAUUUGAAAGGAGAGCUGGAAGCUUCUCUGUCGUGCUCGUGCUCGUUCUCUCCUCUCUGUCCCUGCCUCAUAUAUACAAUUCUCUGCUUGAGGAUCUCGGUCUCAUUGCAGUCGUGUGUUUAUCCUCUCUUACCAGUUUACCACCCUCGCUUAUCUGUGUGCGAGUAAAGAGUGAGAGGUGUCGAUGAACUGAGCCCGCUUCCUCUGAAGCCAGAAAAGAUGAAGUUCGGGAAGGAAUUCAUCUCCCAAAUGGUCCCAGAGUGGCAAGAAGCCUACAUGGACUACAAUUAUCUCAAAACCCUAUUAAAAGAGCUCCACCGUUUCAAGCAAAGAACCAAGCCUCCGGCGAAUGCCCCAGGUGGCUUAAAGCGAAGGCUCACAAUGUACAGAGCCUUCAGCGGUCUAACGCAAACAUACACCAACCUCAAGAGCCCCACCCAAGGAGACAUCGAAGAUCAAGUGAUUCAUGUGAAGUCGGUGCAGAAAGAGGGCUCAGAGCGAUGCUACGAGACCACUUUCCUCAUGUCCUCCGACGAAGGAGGUGAGUACGAGCUCGUCUACUUCAGGAGGCUUGAUGACGAAUUGAACAAGGUGAACAAGUUUUACAGGUCGAAGGUGGAGGAGGUGAUGAAGGAAGCUGACAUGUUGAAUAAACAAAUGGAUGCAUUGAUAGCAUUCCGGAUUAAGGUUGACAACCCCACGGGAUUAAUCGAUGGGUCAGCCGAGAUGACUCGUCUAGCUUCGGAUGUUGCCGCCUCUGCAGCUGCGGUGAUGGCCUCUGUUCCCUCCGACGUUAGAGGCAGCAGAAAGCACAUGGAUGUGAUAGAAGAAGUUGAGCUUAGCAGCAGAAGUGGCUCGGAAGACUCGAGUGAGGACAGAGACAUCCAUGACACCAGACCUGUCAAUAGUACUACAAGUGUUGUUGAUGUAAUGAAGCCAAACAAAAUGAUGGCCAACAGACCAGCUCCAUUAGAAAUCCUUAACCGUGUGAAAAUCAACAACACGCUUGAAACCCCACGCUCCACCAUUAAGGGCUUCCUCAAAGUUUCCCAAAACACAGAGUCCAGUUUCAGAAAAGAGGAGCUGAGGAAAGUUGAAGGACAAUUGAAGCGGGCGUUCGCGGAGUUCUAUCGGAAGCUUCGGCUUCUAAAGAGCUACAGCUUUUUGAAUCUUUUGGCGUUCUCCAAAAUCAUGAAGAAAUACGACAAGAUUUCUUCACGACGUGCAUCAAGAGACUACCUCAACAUGGUGGACAGCUCCUACCUUGGCAACUCCGAUGAGAUCACUAGGCUCAUGGAGAGGGUUGAGGCUACAUUCAUCAAGCAUUUCUCAAAUUCAAAUCGAAGUAAAGGAAUUAGAAUCUUGAGACCCAAAGCAAAGAAAGAAAGGCAUAGAGUAACAUUUUCCAUGGGUUUCUUUGCUGGUUGCACAGCAGCUCUACUAGUGGCCCUUAUUUUGAUAAUACGUGCCCGAAAUAUACUAGAUAAGGAAGGGAGCACCCAGUAUAUGGAAAAUAUGUUUCCACUUUACAGCUUGUUUGGAUUCAUUGUCUUACACGUGAUCAUGUAUGCUGCCAAUAUAUACUUUUGGAGGCGCUACCGAGUCAAUUAUCCAUUUAUAUUUGGUUUCAAGCAAGGAACAGAGUUGGGCUACCGUGAGGUCUUCUUCAUCAGUGCUGUUCUUGGGGCACUUGCACUUGGGAGUGUUCUCUCAAAUCUGGACAUGGAAAUGGACCCCAAAACUAAAGACUAUAAGGCUUUCACUGAACUGAUCCCUCUGGGGUUAAUCAUUCUUAUUCUUGCCAUAACAUUUUGUCCAUUCAACAUCUUAUAUCGUUCAAGCCGCUACUUCCUUCUGCAAUGUGUAUUCCAUUGUCUUUGUGCUCCUCUCUAUAAGGUCACUCUUCCAGACUUUUUCUUGGCAGACCAGAUAACUAGCCAGGUCCAAUCCAUCAGAAGCCUGGAGUUCUAUAUUUGCUACUAUGGUUGGGGAGACUACAAACACAGAAGUCACACUUGUAAAAGCAGUGAUGUAUACAACACUUUCUAUUUCAUUGUAGCAGUGAUUCCAUAUUGGUCCCGUUUUCUUCAGUGCCUUCGACGUUUGUAUGAAGAAAAAGACAUAAUGCAAGGAUAUAAUGGGCUGAAAUACUUCUCAACAAUCGCGGCGGUCAGCAUGAGGACAGCUUACGGUCUGGACAAGGGAAAGGGUUGGUGGGCGAUGGCCUGGAUCACAUCAUCCAUUGCAGCAAUCAGUAGCACAUACUGGGACAUAGUUGUUGACUGGGGCCUUCUGCAACCUAACUCCAAGAACCGUUGGUUGAGAGACAAGCUUCUCAUCCCUCACAGAAGUGUGUAUUUCGGAGGCAUGGUCUUGAAUGUGCUGCUGAGAUUUGCCUGGUUGCAAACUGUGUUGAAUUUUAAGGUGUCGUUCCUACAUAGAGAAGCCUUAAUUGCUAUAGUAGCAAGCCUGGAGAUCAUUCGUCGUGGCAUUUGGAAUUUCUUCAGGCUGGAGAAUGAGCAUUUGAACAAUGUCGGAAAAUACCGUGCAUUCAAGACUGUUCCUCUCCCUUUCAACUACGAGGAAGAAGAAGACGACGACGACGACGAAAAUAAAGAUGAGUAAACCGACGUCAAAACAGGAAAGAAAAAAAAAUUUUUGAGAAGAUGAUAGAGAUCAUAUCGAAGAAACGGAACAAGAAGCAGCAAAACGUACUAUCUAAUUAGUCAUGAUCAAGGAGCAAAUGCAUCCUCAUACAAUACAGCAGAGUUGCAGUUGAUAUGGUGCCCGCUUUUGAGAGUUUUUUUUUUUUUUUUUUUUUUCACGCGCUCAUAAAGACAAAAAUAUGCUUAUAUGAGCUGAGAAAUCAACUUUCCUCUGAAACUAUUUUUGGUCAACGCAAUUCAAUCGAUCGAUGCUGAAAUCUCCCCAAAUGGGACUGUAUUUCUUCAUGGGUUGGGCACGGGAAUACGGAGACUGUAAAUUUAUUGUUUUAAUAGCUAAGGCAAUAUUAGUCAGCAAUAUAUAUAUUUUUUCUCUUUUA